AGAGACAGAAUAUCUCCUUCAAAUUCCUUUCAAGAGUCAACCAAUCCACUGUUGAUCAGUUGAUACCUCAACUUUUAAAGGCUCUUGUAUCUUAUCAGCCAUGGAUGAUGAAAUAUCUGGUUCAUUUCGACGCACAUCAAGCCGGACUCGAAAGGUUGCUUCAAAAAUGGUUGCUGCCCUUGCAAGCAGCGAUAAUAGAACACAGGCAGCCCUUGCUCGUCUUGAAGCUUUGGAAAGUGACAAUGUAGGACCAGAGGUGAUAGAGCUUAAUGAUGAUGAUGAUGCUUCUCUUGAUGAUGAUGAUUCAGUACAUGUACAAAAAAGGCAGUCGAAGAACACAAAACGUAGAACGCGGCAGGCAAAAGCACUUGAGAAUGCAAAGAAGGCCCCAAGAACAUUCCUGGAACUCUUACAGGAGGCAAAUUUGGAAUCCUUGCCUCUACAUGUUCCUUCCUAUUUAAAAGCAGCAGUGGGACCCCCAAGCUCAACUUCCCGCCGACAUUUCUGCACGGUAUGUGGAUUCUCAGCCAAUUAUACAUGCGUAAGGUGUGGUGUUCGCUUCUGUUCAGGUCGCUGCCAGAAUAUACACAAUGAUACUCGUUGUUUGAAGUUUGUUGCCUGAUUGCUGGGUGACCCAGCCCCGCAAAAUGCUCAAAAUACCUUUAAAGCUCGACUCUGUGCAUGUUUCAUAUGAAUUGCAAAAAUUACUU